AUGUGAACGCAGCGCGACAAAGAAGCGAAACCGAUACAGCACUGCAGCCCUUCCAUGUGAAUCCCCCUCCGCACCCCUCAGCAAGCAAAGAAGUUACGAGAGCAAGCUGGCAAGUUCCCUACGUUAGCUCCAACCGUACGUGAACUCCGCACCGGGCUGAGGGAAGCCGCGUGGGACUGAACCACCAGGAGAAAACAAGUAUAGUAAUGUCAGUAUUUAUAACGUACACAAGGGGGUACAGAUAGUUUUAGGUACCAGAAGUCGUUUCAGUCUCGUCAUUUUUUUGUUGUGAAGAGGAGGACAUCCUUACUGCGUCGCCAUUUCUUAGAACCGGCAGCCGAUACCAGUUAAGAAGAAGAAAUGCCUCAGAAGCAAAAGUCAAAGUCCUGGCUGGAGCUGAAACAAGCUGGAAACGAAUGUUUCAAGAAGGGCCAGUAUGGAGAGGCCACCAGUCUUUACAGCCAGGCAAUCAAAGAGCUGGAGAAGUCCGGUAAAAAGAACCCCGAGGAGUUGGCCAUUUUGCACUCAAACCGUGCAGCAAGUUACCUGAAAGACGGCAACUGUGCAGAAUGUGUGAAAGACUGCAACGUGUCGCUGGAGUUGUUGCCGUUCAACGUCAAGUCUCUGCUGCGCCGCGCUGCUGCCUACGAAGCUUUGGAGCGUUACAGGCCCGCUUACGUAGACUACAAGACGGCCCUGCAGGUCGACUCCAACAUAACGGCUGCUCACGACGGCACCAACAGGAUGACGAAGGCGCUCACAGAGGCAGACGGCCUGUCAUGGAGAGAAAAGCUUCCUCCCAUCCCCACCGUUCCUCUGUCUGUUAGAGAGAAGCUAGCACAGAAAGCUGCACAGCCAAACCCGACGCCACAGCAGAACGGCAGCAGACCAGCAGACAAACCUGCUCCCAGCGAUGCGGACAUAAAGAAAGGCCAAGUCCUGAAGGAAGAAGGCAACGCCCUGGUGAAGAAAGGAGAGCACAAGAAGGCCAUAGAGAAGUACAGCCAGAGUCUGAAACACAACCCCACCGAGGUCACGACCUACACCAACCGGGCGCUGUGUUACCUGUCAGUGAAGCAGUACAGAGAUGCUGUCCGAGACUGCGACGAGGCUCUGAUGAUCGACAGCAGCAACAUCAAGGCUCUCUACAGGAGGGCGCAGGCUCACAAGGAGCUCAAGGACACCAAAGCCUGUGUGGACGACCUGAACAACCUGCUCAAAGUGGAACCAAAGAACACGGCCGCCCUGAAGCUGCUGCAGGAGGUGCAGAAGAAGAAGUGAUGACACACCAGGAUGUGUCACUGCGCUGCCUGCAGAAAGGAGGGAAGACGAGUCUCGCCGUGUUCUCAGAAGAGCUAAGGGCUGAGCAGUGACACGAUUGGACCGCUUUAACUCAAAGACUGACCCUGUGUUUACCAAAAGCUCCUUCGCACUGACCGCGUGUUUGACCCGUUUACUCGCCUCGCAGCAAACACGAGCUCGGUCUCGAGACGCUUGUGGAAAACGCAGCACAGGUUGGCGAGAACUGAUGGCGUGUCGGCAAGAACGUUGGUGCUUCACCAGUUUUAUUGUCACCCGUCAGUUUUAAGCCACUGAGUAUUUAUGGAUGUUUAACAGAUGCAACGCGUCAUAAUUCUAACCAAGAAUAAGCUUUUACCAUCACCUUUUGGCAAAGUGAAGUUCGGCAGUUGGAGCUCCUGUCGGACACUAAAACUUGUUAAUUUGUUGGAGGCUGGAAUUUGCUGUUCUUGUACUAUAAAAAAUACUCCUGAUUAGAGCUGCAGCUAGUGAUUGCUUCCAACUACUUAAUUGUUCUGUAAAAUGUCAAACAUCUGCCGCUCACCUUGGCAGGUAAGAGAAACCCACACACCUGAUUUGCAUUACAGUGAAGCAAAUGGAAAUGGGAUGGCGUGAAAGACAUUCAGCCUGUUGUUGUGGCUCGUUUAACGGAGGGCGAGGUAAAUGCAGUAAUCGUCGCAGCUCCACUCCGACUGUUAAAAUUAGAAGGAAGUAUAAGUAUGUAUUGAAGGCAGCCUGGCUGUGUAAACACUGGUGAUGGUAACAGUUUAUUCUGGAUCAGAGUUAAAGUUAACAGCCAUUAUUCACAUAAUGUUUGUCACUCAGGUAGUUUUAUUUAUCUCAUGUUUGGUUUUCUGAGGCUUGGAGUUUGUGUUUUGCCGUGUUCACAUCAUAUGGAAGAGACUCAAGAGGUUAUCAUGAGACUCCCACGUUUUCCAUGUCAAUGGUGUGUUACAGUUAACAACAACCCCUAUGAGUGGCAGUAUAGCAUGAUAUACAUGAAUCCACAUUUCCUCUGCUUUUCCUGGUUGAUUUUGGCGUUUCCUCAGUUGUAGUGUAGACUUCAGACUUGACGUCAAGUCUUGAAGCUUUGGUCACAAGUACUCAUGUCCAGAACCUGUUCCAUACAGCGUGAUGUUUUCUCCUCAUCUUUUCAGCCUCGUUUCACAUCUGAAUUGUAUCCGUCACUACGCUGAAGACUUCUGUUUGCUUACAUCUUUUAGGAUCAUAGCAUCAGUUUGCUUUUGUUUCCUCCAUUUGAAAGGCAAAUUACACGAACCAAGUCAAACUGUCCUCAAACGGGUCAUCCUGAACAAAGUGCCGUCUCAAUGCCUGAUCAUGUUUCCUUUGUUUCUUUGUACUGUUGUGAAAUCAAUCAUCUUGCUGUAGCUUGGAAAGUCUCCAUCUUGCCUGAAGUGCCUGUCUUCAUUUUCCAUCUGCUCCUCUGGAUUAGAAUAACUACAAUGCGCAAAAUCACACCUUCACAUGCGUUUAACACAAGGAACGACUGUAAAAUACAGCUCGACGUCUUCGUGUUCGCACAGUCAAGCCAAGAAGCUGCACAGCGCGACCGCAGCCUCACGCUCAUGGAAUCUGAUCGUUUGUUUUUGUCAACUCACUUCUGUUUGAACUGCAAAUAAACACACCUGAAGUAAA